AUGGCCAUAUUGCCCAAGCUGCGAGCCAAGAGACAGGGCACCCUGGUUUCGCUCACCUCUUCUGUGCUCGCCAACCAGCUCGGUGGACGAAACGAGCUACUGCGCAUUGCCGUCCUGUCCUGGGCAUGCCGCGUUCGCGGUCUCGCCUCGCCUUCUGUAGCUCUGCUGGCUGUGAGCUGUCUCGGAAGUAUUGUCAAUGGGUGGGCAGCAGCGACCACUGCAUGA